GCCUGGAACUUUUUUGUCCCCAAGAUCUUCUCCUCCCUCUUGGGUGUCUUGCUCGCUUUUCCACGCCACUCGUUCUCCAUGUAUGCAAUUCGCAACCAUGUGGGCAGAGCUUUGUUCCCAUGCGCCAGGCCCUGCCUCAUCGCAGCGCGGGCCAUAUCCACAAGCACAAAGUCGGCCAAGUCCACAAAGUCCACAAAGUCUACCAAGUCUACCAAGUCUACCAAGUCUACCAAGUCUACCAAGUCUACCAAGUCUACGAAGUCGACAAAGUCUACGAAACCUACAAAAUCCAAAAAUCGGCGCAAAGGGAAAAACACCGACCGGUAUCGCGUCAACGUUGUCAGCGAGAAGCUGUGCGAUGACAUCGUCAACUACAUUAAACCGACCCUUGCCCGCCACGAGGGCUGCGACUUGAUCGACAUCUUCCCAGGCGCUGGCAUCUGGAGCCGGACGCUCAACGACGUGCUUAAACCUCGCACUCACCUCCUGCUCGAGCCCGACACAGAAUUCUACGAGCCCUAUCUCAAACCGCUGCUCGAACGCCCCGGCACCAAGCUGCUGCCCGAGUCGGGCAUCAUCUGGGAGCACCUCAACAAGAUCCUGGGCCCGGCGUAUCUGCCGCACCAGGUCGAGCGGAAAUACAGCCUCGAUGAAACGCCCGAGCGCAACGACACUCUCCUGGUGACCAUGAACUUGGCCAUGCACCCCAAGAGGAAGUUCCGGUCCUUCGAGAGCUUGGCGCAGCUUGUGCUUUUCCAGAUCGUCUCAUCGAUCCGGCCCGGCUCGCUCUUUCAGAAGUACGGCCUGGUGCGCAUGCUCAUAUGGGUGCCGGAUCUCGAGAAAGAGGCGAUAUUACCACGCACAUGCCAACGGAGGAAGAAGAUGGCGGUCGAGGCCGAAGUCUCGACCGACUACGUGUGUGAGAUUGCCGGCGGCGAGCAGUCUGACUACGUGGGGGCGCGGCCGACGCAUUGGUACCGUCGCGCCGCCGAGAUUGAUAUGGAGAGUACACGCAUGACGCUCGAACGCAUGCGUCAACAAGGGUUCGUCUUACCACCAGGGCGAGAGCCACAGCAUAUGAUACACUUUAUGGACAGCAGCAACGAGGGUUCGAACGAGCAUAACUCUUCGGUGGAUCGUCCUGCCCACGAGGAACUGGAACGGCUGGAGAAGGAAUUUGCCCAGGGCUUGUUCGACAAAGAGUCGCCGGAAUUCAAGCGCAUCAGAACCCUCAAGUACUGGGUUGCAUGGUCCGCAAAGCGCCACGUCAAAACCGACGACCUCCUCCGAGAAUACGACCGCAUCGUCCAGGCUUACGUUCGAGCGGGGUCAGACAAGAACCUCCUGGAGGAAGCAGCCAAGCUCACCGACGCUUGGAAUGCCAAGGUUAACAUACUGGAAAAGAGCCUCCGGGCCGAGGUCCUCCUCCACCGCGACAACGUGCACGUCCUGUACCAAGACCCACCCGUCCUUAGUUGGGAUCGUCGCUACGUCGAACCCCUACGUGCACAACCCAACGAGUUCUUCCCGGCCGUCCCCUGCGCCCUGCUCGACAUCCAGCCCAAGGCCGCUGCCCCUGUGCUGCGCGACAUGGGGCCCAGAUCGAACCGCGGCGGCGACACCUUUGAUCUCAUGCUCCGCCACCUCCUGCAGCGAUCCUCGGACCCGGUCCUCAGGGCGCUCAAUACCAUCUAUGCCGGCGCAGGCGACGGCGUCUUUCCGGAAUGUCCCAGCCUCGUGGACCCUAGCUUGGGCGGGUCGCCGGUGGGCGGGGCCGGCCAGCUGGCGUCGCGGGCCCUGAACGAGAGGCAGCUCAUUGAGAUCAUCGAGGCGUGGGUGAAGUGGCCGUUCAGGCCGAGCUAUUCGGAGCUGGUGUCGCGGACGAUUGAGGACUUUGCUGAUAGCGAAUCAGAUGAGGUUACAGGAAACCACAAUCCCGCUGAGGUAAAUAUGUAG